UCUAAAAUUUCCUGUUAAAACUAAAACCUGAAUUAAAUCAUUCCUUAAAGGUAAUUACAGUGAUUUUUAACUCGACUGAAUUUGGGUACAACUGGUUGUGAAUGGCUAAAUUUUGAUUUAAUCCUGGUCAGGGUCUUCUUGUCCUUUAUUUUGAAAAGUAAGCGUUAGCAGUCGACGACGCUUUUUGUCGCUCAUUGCUGUGAGCUUCACUGUUCCUCGAGCUGUACGCGACAGAAAUUGUUUGGAUACAGCUAUUUUAGGCAUUUUAACACAUUAAUUUUCACAGGAACAGGAUGACAGGAUGAUAAAGUGGUUCCUUCUUCUCGCAAGCUAGCUGUCAUCAUUUCUGCGGAGAGAAACAUGCAGCAGUGCUCCUCGCCAGUAAUACAGGGAGGUGAUGAGAUGGAUGGUAUUAAGGAGAAGCAGAGUCGACUUUCUCGGCCACACAGAAUCAGUGAGAACUCAAAGGUGUAUCGAUGGGCUGACCAAGCUAUUUACCUCCUGCAGGGUUUAAAUGAGCAGCGAGAAUGUGGUCAGUUGUGUGACGUGGUCUUGGUGGCGAAUGGACAGCGGGUUCAUGCCCACCGCGCCCUGCUGGCCGUCUCCAGCCCGUACUUCCAGGCCAUGUUCACGCUUGGUAUGAGAGAAGAACGCCAAGCUGAGGUGGAGCUUGUAGGUGCUUCGUAUGUGGGGGUUAAGGCGGUCGUGGACUUCCUCUAUAGUGGCGAGUUGCCCCUGGAUGGUGGAAACAUUGACUACGUGCUGGAGACGGCUCACCUGCUGCAGGUCUGGCAGGCUGUGGAUUUCUGUUGCCAGUACCUGGAGAAAGAAGUAAACGAGGACAACUAUCUGUACCUGCAGGAGCUGGCGAUGCUUUACAGCUUGGAGCGUCUGGACGCCUUCAUAGACCGCUUCGUCCUGGAGCGAUUCACCACUCUCUCCUGCACGCCCAAGUUCUUGAAAGAUGUGGGAUUAUCCAAACUCUGUUCCUACUUAGCCAGCGAAGAUGUGCAGCAUGAGAGUGAGCAGACUCUCCUCCAGGCAGCCCUCCAGUGGCUCAGCCAGAAGCCCGAGCGCUUGCCAUUCGCCCACCAGCUCCUGUGCCAUAUCCGCUUGGCCCUGAUCUCAGCUGUGGAGCUGGCGGAGCAUGUCCUGCCUGCUGUACGCUCUUUACUGCCUCCAGAUUCAGGCUGCCAAGCGCUGGUGGAGGAAGCACUAAGCUACCAUGCUCACGUCACUGCCCAGCCUGUACUACAGACAGCACAGUCAGCCCUGAGAGGAGGGGUGGAGCGCCUGUUGCUGGUUGGAGGAGAGGUGUAUGAGCGUGGUGAAGAGCUGAGCACUGAUGUGAGCUGGCUGGACGAAGAAGCAGGAGUGUGGGUGGUAGAGACACAGCUACCCGCUCAGAGGAGCCACCACUGCGUGGCAGUGCUGGGGGGAUUCAUCUUUAUCGCUGGAGGGAGCUCAUCACGUGAUAACGGGGGAGACGCAGCAAGUAACAUACUCUACCGAUACGACCCACGUAACAACACGUGGUCCAAGGGUGCCAGUAUGAACCAGCGGCGAGUGGAUUUCUAUCUCGGAACCAUAGGGGACUGUGUGAUUGCUGUUGGAGGACGCAAUGAAAGCGGUGCAUUGUCAUCUGUUGAGGUCUACCAUCCUGUGGAGGAUUACUGGACCUAUGUAGCAGGGCUUCCAAGAUUGACGUAUGGCCACGCAGGCACAACACAUAAAGGUGUAGUGUACAUCUCAGGAGGUCAUGACUAUCAGAUAGGACCUUACCGACGUGACAUGCUCAGUUAUGACCCAAGCGCCGGCGACACAUGGAUGGAGCGGCAGGCCAUGACUCUGGCUCGAGGCUGGCACUGCAUGGCCUCACUGCACGACCGAAUCUAUGUAAUUGGUGGCAGUGAUGACCACGAGGACAGCAUGGAGCGCUUCGAUGUUCUAGAAGUAGAGGCCUUUGACCCGCACACUGAGCAGUGGAGCAGGGUCACCCCACUGCACUACCCGAACAGCGAAGCAGCUGUUGCUGUAUGGGAUGGCAAGAUCUACGUGAUGGGAGGCUAUACCUGGGAGCACAUGGACUUCUCAAAAAACACUCAGGUGUUUGUUCCAGAGAAGGGCCAAUGGGUGGUGGGACCCAACCUGCCCAGGUACAUUGCUGGUGCCUCGGCGUGUGUGUGCACAGUCCAAGCUCGGCAGUCCUGCAGCACUGAGCAGAACAGGACAGGAGUGAAGGAGAAAGACAAGCAAAACACAAGUCAAGGACAAGACAGAUGAAUGGAAGUGCAAACAUAAUGGUUCGAUAAUGUGCCCUGAUGGGGCAGUUAUUCUCCCAACAUGCAGGUUACAGCACCAAGGAUACAGGCCCUUAUCAGAUUUCAGUAUAUGUAGGCUGCUUAUGGAGGACAUAGACUGAACUGAGCUGAUUCAGUUUGGAAUCUGCUGGUUGCAAAGGUGUGAUUUUAGAGGUGCUUCUUCAGGCAUUUAGUAAUCAGGGUUAUUCCGUGUGUAGGAAUAAUCUGUAAUGUCACUCAAGCUUUUGCUGAAGAGGUGUGUUCCAUCACUGGGUUGUGUGAAAUGUUUGCAUUUCCCAAUAAUUUCAUGGACUAAUAUGAGCAAUCGAUUUCAGUAUUAGAUGAAAACAUUCAGAAUGUGUCAUCUUGGUAAACAACAAAAAGAUGUUUAUUCAUUCUCUCUAAGGCUCAGUUUAGCACAGUGUAUGUUGCAAUCCCAGUUUGGCACUAACACUCUUGUGAGUAUUUUAAUUCAGACAAUUAGUUGAGCAAGUUAAAUGCCUUUGUUGAUAAUCUGUCAUCAUUUUUCUGUCAUCAGAACAGCUGCACUCACGAUGAGACGCAGUGAGCUUCCGUCUCAAUUAUCCACUACUAACAACAUUUUACUUAAAGGGGUAGUAAGGAUGAGAUUCCAACCUGUGGGACAAAAACAUACCAUUGUUAACAAGUUAAUGUGUAUUCUUUUUUAGGCUGCUCUGUUAAAACAGUUGUUUGAUUAGUA